GUCAACAAUUCGUUCGUGCAACGUGAGGAGCGCAAUUCUUUCUUUUACCGUUCGGUAUUGCACACGCACCAAAGAGAAGUGAAUUUACCUAUGGUCCGUCUGCCGGGUAAACAAUUCAAUCGAUGAUCGUUAUUUUCAUCAAAUAAAGUGACAUGGCUGGACAACAACAUCCUUUCUUGUCCGGGUUUCCCAAUGUACAGCAGACCGCUUUACGUACACAGUUUGGCGGCGGACAGAUGGUUUCUGGUUUAAUGGGACCGCAGCAAGGAAACAUAGUGAAUCCUCAGCAAUUCGGCGUGGGAGUAGGCGUUGGAGUGGGCGUCGGUAACGUCGGCUCGAACGCAAUGGGGAUGCCCAGCUCUCAGCAAGUCUUGGCGCAGCAGCAGCAACAACAGCAGUCCAUCGCGAUGCAACAGCAGAUGCAACAGAUACAGCAGCAACAGUUGCAGCUGCAGCAUCAACAGCAGGCCGCGAUGGUUCAACAGAACAGCCAAGCCGGCAAUCAAGCCACAACACCGCAGACUCCAGUCCCACCUACUCAACCGCCGCCGCAGCCGCAGCAAAAUAAGGAAUUCAACACCGCCAGUCUGUGCAGAUUCGGGCAGGAGACGGUCCAGGAAAUCGUCAGCCGUACCUUAGAACUCUUCCAAACCCUUAAAGUCGUGCAACCACCUAAUGGUACAGCACAAGGGGCGAAUAUGGCGAAUGAGAAGAAGACUAAGGUCCACGAGCAACUGAGGAUGUUAAAAAUGCUAUUUAAACGUUUAAGACUGAUAUACGAGAAAUGUAACGAGAACUGUCAGUUACAAGGUAUGGAGUACACACAUAUAGAAAGUUUGAUCCCGUUGAAGGAAGAGUGGGAUAUGAAGUCGGACGAGAAGAAAACAUCGGAAGCUUAUAGGCUUGCUUGCGAAGAGAGCAAAGAAAUCAUGGAGCAAGUAAUAUUGAAAAAUAGGCAUCUUAAGGAGAUAAUCGACCACCUAAGACGUAUUAUCUCCGAGAUAAACACGAUGCUGAGUAUGCGGCGAUCUUAGAAACUACCAAAUGUACCUCGAAUCCAGUUUAGCGUAAGAGCGUCUCGCAGAAUCACUCGGCAUAUUCAAGAUGUCCUGGAUAUCUCGGGACGUACUCAGGAUGUCUCGCGCUGUCUGAGAAUUAUUUCUGUAAAUGGAUAUUAGAUAUGUUUCCGAAAGUAAAACUAAUUGAAUAAGA